CCCCCCACCCCCACCCUCAGGCCCCGCCGCGAUGAUGGAGGAUGACGGGCAGCCGCGGACACUAUAUGUGGGGAACCUCUCCAGAGAUGUGACAGAAGCCCUCAUUUUACAACUUUUCAGUCAGAUCGGACCUUGCAAAAGCUGUAAAAUGAUUGUUGAGACCGGCAAUGACCCGUAUUGUUUUGUGGAGUUUUACGAGCACCGACAUGCAGCGGCAGCAUUAGCAGCCAUGAACGGACGGAAAAUUAUGGGUAAGGAAGUCAAAGUCAACUGGGCCACAACUCCAAGCAGCCAGAAGAAAGACACAAGUAAUCAUUUCCAUGUAUUUGUUGGGGACUUGAGUCCAGAAAUCACAACAGAAGACAUCAAGGCGGCAUUUGCACCAUUUGGACGAAUAUCUGACGCCAGAGUGGUCAAAGACUUGGCAACUGGAAAAUCUAAAGGCUAUGGUUUUGUAUCCUUCUACAAUAAAUGGGAUGCCGAAAAUGCCAUUCAGCAGAUGGGAGGCCAAUGGCUCGGAGGGAGACAAAUCCGUACAAACUGGGCAACACGCAAGCCUCCCGCCCCAAAGAGUGCAUCAGAGCCAAAUACCAAACAGCUAUCCUAUGAGGAAGUGGUGAAUCAGUCUAGCCCCAGUAACUGUACAGUGUAUUGCGGUGGUAUAGCAGUAGGACUCACAGAACAACUUAUGCGUCAGACUUUCUCACCAUUCGGACAGAUUAUGGAGAUCAGAGUGUUUCCCGAGAAAGGUUAUUCCUUUGUACGUUUCUCCUCACACGAAAGUGCUGCACAUGCCAUAGUCUCAGUCAACGGAACCACCAUAGAGGGACAUGUGGUCAAAUGCUAUUGGGGCAAGGAGACACCUGAUGGGAUGGGCCAGUUUCAACAGCAAAGCCAGAUGGGUUACGCUCAGCCCUGGGGCCAGUUUGGCCAGUGGUACGGGAAUGCCCAGCAGUUCGGCCAGUACAUGCCCAAUGGUUGGCAAAUGCCUCCGUACGGAGUUUACGGGCAAGCUUGGAACCAACAAGGAUUCAGAAUGGAACAGCCUCAGUCCACAGCUGCCUGGAUGGGUGCAAACUAUGGAGUGCAGCCUCCUCAAGGUCAGAGUCCCAGUGUGUUAGCCAACCAAGCCGGCUUUGGAAUGACAGGUUACCAAACCCAGUGAGCGAAAAAAGACUCUUUCUCUCACUCUCACACUCUCUCUCUCUCUCCUGCCACCAGAGGACACAUCAACCCUUUGUUUACUUAAGAUGAUUUCUUUCUCUCGCGCCCCUCCCCACCCACCCACCCCCACACUCUGAAGACGGAUCAAUGAAAGGUAGAUGUCAACUUGCAAUUGUAUUUAUUUUAAAAAAGGAAAAAUAGUUCAUUUAAAAAAAAAAUCAUGAGAAAUCGUAUCCAAACUUCUCCUCUCUGUCAUGGGGGGAGGGAGAUCGGGUGUGGGGGUAGUUAAGGGGGUGGGGGUCGAAAUGCCAAUUUUUUCUGUGUCCGCUUUUUCUGAGAUGUUUAAAAAGGAAAUAAAAUUUACAAGAGUCUAUUUC